AUGGCAGAUCAGAUCGAGGCAAUCCCCGGGACGGUCCACUUGGUCGACGCCCAGGGAAGUAUGGACUCGCAGCACGCGAAAGGAGCGGAGCACGACAUUGUUCUCGUCCCAGCUCCGUCAGCUCAUCCGGACGAUCCGCUGAACUGGUCGCCGAGGAGGAAAUACCUCUCUGCAUAUGUGCUUGUCAUUGGCAUCUGCUCUUCUGCGCUGUACUCGACUCUAGGACCUUUAUCGGAGUCUACAGGUCUGAGCUACAGUGAUUUGAACUCUGGAACAGGAUACAUGUUCCUUUUCUUUGGUUGGGGAUGUAUCAUCUGGCAAGCCAUUGCCAUCCAGUACGGCAAGCGACCUGUGUAUCUGUUGACGACACUGGGUACUCUCGGCGUCAUGGUCUGGCAGCCUCACGUGCGAUCCAACGGAGAGUGGAUCGCGACCAAGAUUCUGCAGGGCAUAUUUGGUGCGCCGAUUGAGUCUUUGGCUGAGAUUACUGUUUCAGAUGUCUUCUUCACCCAUGAACGCGGCAAGUUCAUCGCUCUCUAUGCUCUCGCACUCGGGUACAGCAACGGCAUCGCCCCGCUUAUCAUGGGCUUCAUUAACGAUGGACAGGGCUAUCAAUGGGUAUUUUACUGGUGCGCCAUCUUCUGCGCUGUCCUGCUACUCAUUAUCUUCUUCUUCAUGGAGGAGACCAAGUUUGAUCGGGCAAAGUACAUGACAAGCAACCACAUCGAGGGACGGACCUUAUCUAGUGCUAAUCAGACCUCGACCGACCCUGAUACCAAAGACGAUCUCGAUACGAAACAUGACGCUGAACAAGAUCAAGUCGCGACUACCACUCUCACUAACGUCAGCGCACCUAAUGAGGCUUUCGACCAUGACAGCACAGAGUUCAGCAAGAAAUCCCGCAUCUCCCGUCUCAAACCGAUCGAACGUAAGAACCUGAGAGGUGAGAAUAGACUCAUCAAGCUCAUCAGCCGACCGAUUCUCCUCCUUGCGUUUCCCAUCAUCUCAUAUGCUGGGUUCAUCUACGGUUGCAACAUCGUCUGGCUGUCUGUCCUGAACGCGACUGAGUCUAUGGUUCUUUCGAAUAAGCCUUAUAAUAUGCCUACUUCGACUGUCGGGCUGACGUUCAUCGCUCCACUCAUCGGAACGACCCUUGCGUGCAUUUAUACUGGAAUCUUUGGCGAUAAGUUCAUCAUCAAGAUGGCGCGACGGAACGGCGGUUUUAUGGAGGCUGAGCACCGACUAUGGCUCUUUCUGCCCUCUCUCGUUCUCAUUCCCUUUGGAUGCAUCUUGUUUGGUGUCGGAGCCUAUUACGAGGCUCAUUGGUUCUCCAUCGUCUUUGCCAUGGGUGUCAUCUCCUUCACCACGACUGCUGGUUCGCAGAUCUCGAUUGCGUACUGCAUCGACUGCUAUCGCGAUCUCGCAAGUGAAGCUUUAGCCACUGCCAUCAUUAUCCGAAACACGAUGGCGUUCGGUAUCGGAUACGGUGUCACUCCUUGGGUUGUCAACCUUGGCUAUCAGAAUGCUUUCAUCCUGGGUGCGUUCGCGGGCCUGGCACAUAACCUGACCAUCUUCCCUGUCAUGAAAUGGGGCCGGGCGCUGCGUCAGCGGAGUGCGGAGAAGUAUUGGAAUACUGUCAAGGAGGGAGCAGACCUUGACCUCAACCAUUAA